GUAAUUCUCUACAAUAUUGAAAUAUCUAUACCGACUGACUCAAAUCGCAACACAACGAAACCCAACCCAGCAACGGAUGCACGACUAGCGGUAACGAUAGUAGCAGCAGAGAGACUUGAACAACAACGGCUAGAGGUAUUUCUCUCUUCAAAUAUCCACGCGAAACCGGUCGUGAAGCGCUCGCUGCAUAGCCCGUCGUCCGUCAACUAGCGCGGCGAUUGUUGUGAAUGAUUCAGUUGCUUUCCUUCCUUCGCGCGGGUACUACAGGUGGCACUCUCGUCAUCAUCCUCAUCGAGUCGUCUCCGGGCGUCGUGAUUCUUCGUUUGUGCGAGUUCCAGAUUCGCUCUCCCGUGACGUCGCGGCGCGUUCCGUCCGUCCACCCACCGCCUGCUUUGUUCGUCACGUCGCGUCGCGCGUGAUCUCUCUCUCACAUUGCGCGCUUCAAGCUUCCAUACGCCUCGCCUCAGUCAGUCGGUUAUCCGCCGUCGUACGCGUCGUAGCCGUUGAUCCCGCAUGCAUGUGGCGAGGCGAGACUCCACGGAGAUGGGGCAAUGUGUGGCGAAGUAACUUUCGAACCGUGUAUUGUGUCAAAGAUAUACAUUAAUAAAACCGUGCCGCUGUGUUUUGUAAUUUGCAUAUUUUGCUUACUCGCCCAGAGGAAUACAAGGGAGCGGUGCAGGGGUCCCCCCGUUCAACCCCCCUGGCCCACCUUUCGUGCCAGUGUUUGCUAUGUGUGACAAAAGGGGAGCAGCUUGCUAUAGUUACGAGGUGGAGUAAACAAGUUGGAUUUCUUUAUUCUGGUCGACCCGAGAACGACGAAGAAUUUUUUUUAUUAUUCAAAGAAAAUGUGCUAAACAAAUCCGCAAUUUGCGGUUUCAGUUAGCGAGAGUGAAUCUCCGAAAAAAUCGUGCACCGGCAGGCCAAUUAACGUGUCGCAUUUCGUUUAUGCAGACAAGGAGAUUGUCGCGAAAUGCAAAUUUCACGAGUGAAUGACCAUCAAACAACGAAGCGACAACGACUAGAAGUGAGUCUCACAGUGACAACACCGCAGCCCUUCUGGCACCGAUCAUCAUUCGGAUUCGGGGUGGCGAAGUAGGCGGCGACGCCUCCAAAGUUAUAUUAUUGCGUGCGCUACCGUAACCGAAAGACGCCAACUACGAUGACUGGAUAAUGCGUUGCUGAUAUUUGAGGAAUGUGGUGCAGUGUUCACUCGGAAGAAACGCAAAAUCCCACGCAACAACAACGGUUCUAAUUUCGGCUACCGAAAUUCGAUUAGCAGUGGAGCACAAGCGACGAAGAAGGUGCGUGUUCGUGAUUUUGUUUGACUUGCUUGCGUGAACUGUUUUUCAAAUUAAGUCUCGCACAUUCCACGGGGCGAACAAAGGAAGCAAUCAAUUAGUAUUCGCAUCCAUCCAAUCGGUGCGCGAAUCGCAUUUGCAACGGUCAGGCCAGAACAGAGAUGCAUCUGUUGAAUGACGGGAAAUAGCGAUUCCAUCGGACGAGACGAAGCGGACCGACGCGCAAUUCCAGAGCUGAUAAUAGCCCCAAAGUAAUCAAGCGACGCCCUACGCCACAUAAGGACGAGUAACCAUCCUUUCAUCAUCAUCAUCAUCGUCGUCAUCAUUCCGCACUGACCUACUUCGUCAACCACGGAAGGCUGCAGAACAACGGGAACCUCCCCAACCACCCCCGGUCAAUAAUGCUGACGGGCAGCGAUGGCAGCCAUUGCGCCCAGUAUCUACGCUGCCAUCGUGACCUGUCUGGGGUUUGCGUGCUUCGCGCUGAGUGCCACCGCCGUCGGGCUGCCCGCGUGGGGCCACUUCCGAAACACCGACGGUUACGAGGACCAGGGCUACUUCGGACCGUGGCGCCUCUGUCGGCAGCUGUCCUUUAGGUAUCGCGAAAAAUGCGGACCCGAGGUGUCCUACUUCCGGCCUUCAGAUGCCAUCUUCGUGGCCGGUCUGCUGGCGACGUUCGGCUGCAUUGCCUUCGGGUUCUAUUGUAUCCUGUGCAUACUGCAGAUCGCGAUGAUUUCCUCCCGCGAGAAGGUCGUUCUGCGGUACACUACUCUAGUCGUUCUAAAACUGCUGCUGGCGGUGAUGGGAGCAGCGCUGGCCCUGAUUGCGGUCAUCAUAUUCGGAGUGUCGUCGGACAACAACCGAGGUCAGUUCAGGGUGACCCGAGGGGCCCCGUUCUACGUCCAGCUGACGGUGGUCGUACUUGCCAUUUGUCUUGCCAUGUUGGCCGUUUACGAUCUGAUGCUGGCGCGUAAGCCCAGCGGUGAUCCAACGAUGCUGCCGAUCGGAUCCGGUCACAGUGGACGGUCCACCCCGACGACCGUGGUCAAUCCGGGCUACCGGGACACGCCACGGGGGAGAGGCAGUCGUGUCGGAAUCUCCGUAACGGAUUCAUCCGGUCGACCGUACACCGGAAGCAGCGGCACCGUCAGCGGAAGUGUCCAAUCGAUGAACACCACCGUGACGUCGGUGUCGGCUUCGACAGUGAGCACCACUCGGACCCCGUUGCGGUCCAGUUUGAAGAAACCGCGGCCGCCCGGAAGUGCCGAAGCGCUCGGCAUCCAGAAUCCCGGAUUUUCCGGGUCCAAUCAAUCUCCGCGACUUUCCCGCAACGGUAGCGUCAAGAAGGUUCGCAUACAAACACACGACACCGAAGUGUAGCAUAAGUAGGCGCGGUGCGUUUCCGUAGAAACGCGUAGCUAGCGCAUUUGCUGUCGAUCUAGACUAGAUUCUAAUCUCGGGUAAACGCAAUCCAACUGUAGGAUAGAAACGGUUUCAAUCUAUCUAGAAGAAUAGAUUUCAUUGAUGAGCGAUGCCACUGGUUUCGCCCCCGAUCAUCAAUAGCGAGAUACUUCAAGGUCAGUCCGUUCCGUAUAUUGCGGAUACGAUUGUAGCUUUUCUACAUUUAAAUAUUCAUAUACAAACACAUCACACAGACAUAAAUCAAAACUCUAGGUGUCUAGAGGGUGCAACUUUGUUGUCGAAAGCUUACAAAUUUAGCAGUUAACUUGCCUAGCACCCAUUCACUACUAGCUCGUAACAGAAGCACACUUCAUUCGGAAGCUAAUUUACGAGACACCGCAGCGUUUUCCGUCUGGAGGACGAACACGUCUUACUAAAUUUAAGUAUCGUCUUACAACCAUAAAAAACGAAAUGUACAAACCCCCCACAUCUCAGCAACCUAUGAAAAACGGGAAGCAUCCUUUCCUUUGUCGGGUGGCAAAGGGCGCAUGCUUUAAUCGAUUUACGUUACAAAAUUUAACGAUCCGCCACAACCGCCGCCGCGGCAAUUUAGUGCAAUUUAGUGGGUGGAAAUAUAUGCAAAUAUGUUGCGCACAGUGUCACCCAGUAGGCGGCGGUGGCGCUCGUAGCACGACAUCUGUUUGCAAUUGCAAUGCAGUUUUAUUUUAGAUGUCAAACCGUCUCGAGAAACACAUUUGAAACGGUUCCAAAGGAACGGACUUCGUUUAGAGCGGUAUGAAACGUUUUUUCGUUAGUUGUUAGCAAUGCUUUUCUGUUCUGUUUUAUUUUGUCCGGUAAGAUUAAUAGUUAAGUUGAAUGGUUUUUUAUAAUGUUAAAAUGUUUUAUUGAUACAAACUACAAAGAGUAUAAUCACCUCUUCAGGAAGUUCGUGCAAACAAACUCUGUAAAACGGAUCCGUCCGAAGAUCUAGUGCACCAAAAGGAAAUAUUUUUACAUCUACAGUUGUUUUAACAAAUCAAGAAUCAUAUCCAGCCGAGUAUUUAUUGCAUUGUACUAGUAAAAUUUUAGCAUUUAUCAUAAUCGUUUUUAUCUAGUUGAAAAAAAGUAUACUUUUCCGUCCAAAAACCUAAUCUCACUAAGAAUAAUUAAACCGAAAGUAAAUAGCAUGGUUUUUAGCUGUAAACUGUGAUUAAUUUGCGAAGAAAUGAAUCGGCAUUCGAACUAA